AUCCAUCCGCAAUCGCAUCAGAAUGGGUUUCCCCCUUUUAUCCAGGCGUACAUGUACCCGCUGCCUCACCCUUACCCGUACACUCGCAACUAGCCACCCACCAAGGCUUUUUCCACCAGGACACAUCGCUUUUGCCAUCGAGUAAGUUUCGCUUUUCGCUCCCACCAUCAAUUGCUCUUAUCCAUGAAGAAAAAAAUAAGUCCAAUUUUUCUAACGAUGUCUGUAGCAUAGACGGCGUUCUCCUCCGUGGGCCAGAACCUCACCCCUCGGCCAAAAGGGCGCUCGCGAAAUUACAAGAGAACGACAUUCCCUUCAUCCUCCUGACCAAUGGGGGUGGUAUCUCUGAAGCAGCCAGAUGCGAGGACCUAUCUUCAAAGCUGGAUUUCCCAAUCGCCCCUUCCCAGCUCAUCCAAUCCCACACACCAGUCAAGGGCUUCGCAGAGGUCUACGAAACAGUUCUUGUUGUCGGCGGGGAAGGCGAGAAUUGCCGCAAGGUAGCCGAGGAGUAUGGCUUCAAGAACGUCUUCAUCCCGGAGGACUUCUACGCUACGGACCCGGGUAUAUCCCCCUUCAGUACCUCGCUGCCCCCAGAGUACGCGCGGAAUGUACCGAGGGGGACGAAAAUCGACGCCAUCUUCGUAUUCAACGACCCGCGGGACUGGGCGCUGAACGCACAACUCGUAAUCGAUCUGAUCCGUUCUGAUAACGGCGUUUACGGCACGCUCGCGGAGCCUCAGGCCAAGGAACAUAUUCCGACGUACUUCACAAAUACUGACCUCGUCUGGGCGAGCCAGUAUCACAUUCCUAGGCUUGGGCAGGGCGCGUUCAAGUUUGUGGUUGAGGCUCUCGCCCACCGCUUCCCGAUGCCGGUCGGGGGGCCGCGCCUCCGGCCUAUUGGGAAACCAUCUUCCCACACCUUUAGGUAUGCGCAGAAGUUGUUGACAGAGGCUCUCGUCGCAAAACUCAAGGAGAAGUCUCCGGAAUUGGAAUUCAACGAGGUCACUCAUGGGCUCGCUUCUGCAGACGCUUUGGCAGACGCCGCCGCUGCUGAAGUAGCCACUUCUCCGCCCCCGGCAGACCAUAUCUCGGAAACCACUUCCGAAGAAGAAUCCAGCCCAAAUACAGAAGUCGAGGCCGCCGCUGCUCAAGUAGCCACUUCUCCGCCCCCGGCAGACCCUACCUCGGAAACCACUCCCGAAGAAGAAUCCAGCCCAAAUACGGAAGUCGAGGCCGCCGCUGCACCAGACACCGCCAAUCACCCACCCUCAAAACCACCCAGACAGCCCGCAAUCCUCAAAAGAGUUUACAUGAUCGGUGACAAUCCAGAAAGCGACGUCCUAGGUGCCAAUAGAGCAAGCUAUCAGGGCACAUCCUGGUGGAGCCUCCUCGUGCGAUCCGGUGUCUGGCGCGAGCCCCAGCCUACGAGAAAUCCUAUUGCCAUAGUAGACGACGUCCUCGCCGCCGUCGACUGGGCCAUGGAAAACGAGCAGAAGAUUAAAGAUGGCGUAGAGCUCAAGGAGUACCCCCGGGCUCCCCCGUGGUGGACCCCAGGGUGGAAGAAGGGAAAGUUCUAUAAGACCAAGAGGUUUACCCCGGGUAGUGGUGAGGCGAAAGCGGGCGAGGGGAAAGGGGGGGAGAGUGCUGAUUCGAAGAAGAAGAAGACGGAUAAAGCUAUGAAGGGGGUGAAGGGUGAUGAUGCUUUGGGGAAGAAGGCAGAUGGAGAAGGUGGUUCCGACUCUGUUUAGACUAGCUAACUUACCCAUUCUGGAGGGAGGAGAAGGCAAAGUAGUCGGGGAAAAGGAGCCAUAUUACCAAUCGGGGUUUUGUUAUUUGUAUGAUAUAUUACUCUCAACUUCAUUGUAGCUUAUUGUAGUAGUACCUUACGAAAUCACAAAAGCAACUGUUCUGCCCUACGGAACUCGCUGUAUAUUGGCUUGUUU